CUCUCGACCACCACCAGCGGCACCACGAUGCUGCCAAACGAGCUCCUCCUCGAGAUCUUCCGCCUCUCGGCCACGUCGGACCUUUGCAACAUAUCCCUCGCCUCACGGAACUUCUGCGCGCUAGCGCGCCCCUUCUUAUUCACUUCUUUGUACUUCCAGCCCUAUGUCUUGGACGACGACGUCGGGGCACUCCGGUGUCCUGCUCCAGAACAACGAAGGCAGCUUACCGAUAAGCUCGCGUUGUUUGCCUCGGCGGCCAUAGCACCACACGUCGUCCUCGUCAGCGUGACCUCGGACCUUGUCUCUGACGCGCCGGCGCCGUUCUCCGACGAUACCGACACCCACACCAUGAUUGCUGCGCUAUUCUCCACAAUGGCGUUCUUCAGCAACUUGCGCUUGUUCGAAGCGCAGGGCAUCACAUUCACAACUGCGUCGAUCGACGCACUCUCUUCCCUUUCCGCAUUCUCCCUCAAGCUCAACCACUGCUCAUUACUGCCCCGCCUUUCAAGUUUUCGGUCCGAAUUCCCCGCGGUCAAACUCCCCGUUGUCGACCUCACCCUUGAGAAAAACGGCAGUAGUCACUGGAGCUAUCCUGGGCGCUGGCUAGCGGUAAUGUCACCGGACGUAUUGCAGGGGCUCUUCAUUCACAACAGGUCUGAGCUGGAGCAGGCCGAAAUUUCCAGAUUCCCUGUCUUCCCUCAUGUGACGCGACUGAAGCUGCCGCUCGACCCUGCAGACCUAGAUGUCAUCCCUUCCCUACUUGCAACCGCGUUUCCGAGUGUACAAUCACUUGAUAUCGAUUGCGAAGACGCGCGGUUUGCGGAGCUCGAACGCUAUUCUCCGGGACUCCUCUUUCCUCACCUCACGGAGCUGCAAAGCCACGCAGGAGCGGCAGGCUUUUUCCUCCCGCUGGCCCGACCAAAAAGCCUUACGUUGCACUACUCCUAUGCGGCGCCGCUGCUCCACUCACUCGCCACUCUCCCGCGCGAAUGCCUCGCCCGAACCACACACCUGCAACUGUCGCUGGACGACUGGGCCUCCGGCAACCUGGUGACGGAGAUCUUGAAUCACUUUCCAGCCAUGGAGUCACUCAAGUUAGAGCUAACAGUGAACGACGACAACGCGACGGGAUCGAUACUUGCGCUCGUAAUGGCGCUCCCGUCGUUCCUCCCGUCUGCGCUCCGCUCCCUCUGGCUGCACGCGGAUGUCUCGGGCGGCUGGGAGAACGACGAGGUGGAUGACGCGGGCAUCCCAGACACCCGCGUCCUGCAUGCACAGCUGGUGGCGCGGUGCCCCGCCCCUCCGGGCUGUGGACAUUCAUGUUCCGCUCUUCCGUCUUAA